UUCUUUUUAAUUUCUUUAUACCACAACUUUCUUUAACGGAUUACCCCCUUCCUUUCAUUACCACACUCUUUCUUUAUUCCAACUACAAGUAUGCGUUUCACUACUCUUGCUGUUAUUGCUGGUGCCAUGAUGAUGAGCAUCCAAGCUGCCCCUAUUACUGCUCGUACUGCUACCGCUUCUAGUGGUUCUGGCAGUCUUCUUUUGCUCCCUGGAUUGACUGAUGUGACCUCUUUGCUCAACUUGAACAAUGCUCUUGGUUUGGUUCAAGACUUGCCCAGCAACUUGCAAACUCAAGUCUUGUCAUUGGUCAGCGACCCUACCCAAUUGACCAGCUUGAUUCAAUCUUUGCCCUCUGAACUCCAAUCCAAGUUGCAAUCUCUUCCUUCUGAAUUGGCUCAAUUGCCUUCUGAUGUUCAAUCCCAAUUGGCCAACUUGCCCCAAGAAUUGACCAACUUGCCUCAAGAACUCCAAACCUUGAUCAGCUCUUUGCCUGCCACUUUACAGGCUAAGGUUGCUGCUUUGCCUUCCUUGAUCCAAGGUCUUCCUGCUCAAAUCCAAGCCUUGCCCUCUGCUCUCCAAUCCAAGUUGUCCUCUUUGCCUGAUUUGUUGAACACCCAAUUGGGUCAAGGUAAGGCUCAAGAAGCUCUCAAGACUGUGAACGGUCUUACCGUCAGUGGAUUGCCUUCCAAGCUUGAUCAACAAUUGUCCAUCAUCAAGACCACUUUGACUCAAGUCACCUCCACCGUUGGUAGUGCUGUCUCCACCGUCAAGGACACCGUCACCACUUUGACUGGUACUGUCUCUUCCGUUACUUCUACCGUCACUGUCACUGUCUCUCAAAUCAAGACUGUCGCUGGUACCGCUGUGUCCUCUGUCAAGACUGAUGUGAUUGCUUUGCCUGCCAAAUAUGCCAAGGGUUUGAACGCUAGCAAGACCGUUGAUGGUACUCUCAAGAAGACCACUGGUAACCUCGUACAAGUCCCUGUCUCCAGCUUGUUGACUUUGACCGGUGUUCAAGUCUCCAGUCUUACUGAUAAGAUUGCUUUGCCUUUGGAUUUGGCUAACACCCUCAAGCUCUAAAUCUCAUCUCAUUCUAUCAUUUAUUUCCCCCCUCCCUCCUUAUUAUUAAUAAUAGUACUGUAGUUUUCUUUUGAUUAUUUUAUCAGUGUUUUUUUAUAUAUA